UCAUAAUAAUUCAAAUGAAAGGAUUAAAGAAUCAGAAGAAAUAAUGGAAAUUGAUGAAGUAGGUAUGGUAUAAAAAUUAUUGAUUUUUUUUUUAGAAAACAGUUCACGCGACUGUAACAUUACUAAUAAUUGUGAUGCUACAACAUCUAGUCAAGAGUUGCAAUCCAAAUCGGAUUCAACUUUGAGCCGGAAUUCGAAUGUGUCUGACUUUGAAAUGGAAUUUUUAACAAAAAAUCGAAUCCCAAAAAGAAAUAUUAUGAAUCCAGAAUUAGUCGCUGCACUUGAUCGUUGUAAUGUGAGUAGCCGAAGUGCUACAUAUAUUUUGGCUGCUGUUUUAAAAAGUCUUGGGAUUGAUAUUAGCACUGUUAAUUUGAGCUAUAAAACUAUACAACGAUACCGUAACACUCGUCGAAAAGAAAUUGCGGAAGGCUUGAAAGAAGACUUAAAAUUCGAAGAUAACUAUGUGGUACAUUGGGAUGGAAAGCUCUUAGAAGAUAUUGUUGGGACAGAGACAGUCGAUAGACUUCCGGUUCUUUUAACAUCGUCUGGGAGUGAACAACUGUUAGGUGUUCCAAAAAUUAAUGAAGGAACUGGAAUUCAACAAGCUUCUGCUGUGCACUCAACUUUAAUGCAGUGGGGUGUCACCAAUUAUAUCAAAGCAAUCUGUUUUGAUACUGCAGCUACCAAUACGGGAAUUCAUCAUGGAGCUGGCGUAGAAUUAGAGAAAAUCCUGAAACGAAAGCUCAUAUGGUUACCUUGCCGUCAUCAUAUAAUGGAACUAGUCUUAAAAGGCGUUUUUGAAGCGUACUGGCCGGUGCAAUCAGGUCCAAACGUUCCAUUCUUCAAUCGAUUUAAAAUCCGUUGGAAUAAAAUUAACACGUCUAAAUAUAACGCUGGCAUCAACGACGACGUGGUUGCGAGUAUACUAUCAGACAAAAAGAAUGGAUUACUGAGUUUUAUUGACAAUUAUUUGCAGAAAUUUCAUCCAAGAAAUGAUUAUCGAGAAUUUUUGGAGUUGGCAUCCAUUUUCUUGGGAGCUGCGCCCAAAGAUAAUUACACCUUUAAAAGCCCGGGAGCCAUGAGUCAUGCUCGUUGGAUGUCAAAGGCAAUUUAUUGUUUAAAAAUGUUUAUCUUUCGGGAUGAGUUUAAAAUGAUAGCUCGUGAAUUGAAUAAUCUUCGUCAUAUUUGUAUUUUCAUUGUUACAACGUAUGUAAAAGCUUGGUUUACUUCACCCUCGGCGAUCUUGGCUCCAAAUAAUGAUUUGACUUUGAUGCAAGAGUUAAUAUCAUAUAAAACAAUAAACUCGUCCAUAUCGCAAGCUGCUCUGAAUAAAAUGGUUAGACAUUUAUGGUAUUUAAAUGAUCAAUUAGCCGUUAUGGCUUUAUUUGAUGAUUCUCUUGACCAGAGUGUGAAGCUUAAAAUGGUUGAAAACUUAAAAAAUAACAAAUCUUCUGUUUCUCAAGCUAGAAAAUAUGAAGUGACAAGCAAUUCAAACGAAUUGUUGGAAAAAGAUAUCAGUGACUUUGUAUCUACGGAAUCACUCACUUUAUUUGAAGAAUUUGAUUUGCCACAUGAUUUUAUUGAUGAAAAUGUAGACAGUUGGUCCAAUAAUAACAGUUUUCAAGAAUGCAAGGAAUUUUUCAAUAAGUUAGCUGUCGUCAAUGAUGUUGCGGAGCGUGGUGUAGCAUUAAUUGAAGAUUACAAUAAGUGUCUCACCAAAAAUGAAGAACAACUUCAAUAUUUAUUAUUAGUUGUUAGUGAAUAUCGAAAAAAGUUCCCUAAUUGUAACAAGAGGAAUUUAAUUGGAUAGGUUUCUUUAAAAGUGCUUAUUUGACUCAAUUUGUUGUAAAUUAUAACAUUACAAUCUAUUUUUUGUAAAAAAAAAUUGAAUAUAUGUAGAAAA